UUAAAUAUAACUACAGAAAUGCAAGUCUAUCCAACUUGAUCCAGUUAACUAGUUUCAGUCUCACCUGUUUGUUUGACUGUGUGGCGACAAUGUUGCUGUCUUGGAUUUCCGCUCCGUGGAUCAGAAGACGCCAUUGGCUGCUGUCACACAGUAAAAGCACGCGCCCGCCGCCAAGCAGUCAUGUCAUGCUGCAGCUCUGCUCUCUUCGGCAACGCUCAGUCUGACCGUGACUGACAGACAGACAAGAAGAAGCACAGCCGUCUCCACGCAAACAGGUGACAUCCACACAACCUGGAAUCUGUUUACUUUCCGAUUAAGUUCGUCCGGGGUUUUUUGUUUCGUUUGUUUUUUAAAUAAACGAAACUAAAAAUACAAGUGUUAAACCUGAUCCUUUCUACAUCAUCUGUCAUCCUUUCUGAGUGUCAUGUCCACACUGACGAGCCCCGGUGCCUCAUGCCAAACCUCCUCCUCCUCUUUGGUUGACAGCAGCAGCGUCACCGAGCCUCUUGCAGCCCAACCUGGACUCCUGCUCUCAGUGACUGGCUCCUCCCCACUGCGUUUACGGACCUGUAGCAGACCAGUAAGACGGCGAAAGAGAACGAUGACCCCCAUGUACAAGAAAGACUCCACCUACUGGGACAAGCGGCGAAAGAACAAUGAGGCGGCGAGGAGGUCCAGGGAGAGACGCAGGCUGAAUGACCUGAUGAUGGAGGGUCAGUUGCUGGCCCUCAAUGAGGAGAACGCACAGUUACGCGCUCAUCUCAGUCUGCAGUAUCACACCAGUGUGAGUGCAGGCAGAAGCAAAGCUGCUUCACCUGUUGGUGCAACUUUCACUUCACCUGUGGUUGCUCCAUUGUCCUUAUCACCCAGAAACCCAGCUUAUUCCCGGGCAGGACACUGGGUGAACGGUGGGGAUGCCACAGCCUCCAUCCUGAGUGUGAGGCAUCAAGACAAUCGUCCUUGUGAAACAGACGUGUCUUGUUUUGGCACAACUGAAGCUGAUGGUGUGUUCAAAGGUGCCACCGCCUCUCUGCAGGGUCUGAGGUCAGCGGAGGCAGAGAUGGGUCCCCAGCGACGCAUCACUUUCAGUGAUGACAACUUCACCCAGAACUAUUAUAUCCAAGCGUUUCUGCGCGCACCUGCUGACACACCCCGCCAUGCCUGCACAAACAAACCUAACAGUUGGUUAGAGUCUCAUCUGAGUUCCUCAGCAGUGUAUAAUAACCUUCUGCUGCCUUGGUGGUCCUCAUAUACUCCACCACCAACAACCCUCUACUCAUGUCUGCCUCCCUAUAGACUCAGUUGUGCUGGGCCAGGUCUGCAUCUCAGUGCUGAUGGACGCUAACACAGGCCUUUAUUAGGAUAGAAGGCUAAUGUGUACAUUUGAUGGUAAUUGAAAAAAACAUGUAUGCAAAUCAUGUUAAAAAUGCUAUUAUUAAUGAAUGAAACUUCAUUUUGAAUACAUUUAAGAACACAAUUGUUUGAAGAAGACAGUGGGAAGAAGAAGAUUCUCACCCCCAUAUUCAAAUUUUUUUUUUUAUUGUUUAUAACUGUACAAUAUUUACUGGUGUGAUCAUAAUAUGGUCAUAAUGAAAUUAUUUUGAGAGUGCCUUUGAAGUGUUUUGCCUUUUAUAUUCUACAAAAUAUAGGAAAUGUUCUAAUUCUUAUUAACAACUGAAUUGUAGCACAUUUUUAAUAUUUGACUUUGAAGCAUGAAAUUAGAGAAGCUAUUAAUAUGAUAUUUCUCAUUAUCAUUCAACUUAAAUUACUGACCGAUUUGAAAGUAGUUGGUUGAUUUUAUUGAAGGAUAGUGAAACUAGGUGCUUCUCUACUUUGGUAUUUCCCUUUAUCGCCACUGUGUGAUUUCCCAGCAGAUGUCGAUUAACCGGUAAAAUCGAUCAUUACCAUGGCUUUCAACAGCUUACAACUCAUGUGAAAGAGUCGUCACCAUCUACUGCAGCGACCCUCUGGUGGAGGAUAAAGCGGUAGAUGAUGACUGACUGACACUACAUGCUUGUGUUUUGCAUGCAUGUAGUGUAUAGGCUAUUUUCUACCUUUUAAUAAUAAAAAAAAACUGCAAAAUAACUGCAAAACAUUUGUUUCAUGUAAGCUUUAGCCAAAUAUAUAUUGUACUUUUGUCUCUUUAGUGUUUUUAAUGACAUUUGA